AUGAGUGAUAGGCAAGCUUGGAGAGCUAUGGCACAAGCAAAGAAAAAGAUCCAAGGUGAUGAAGAAGAAAAUUUCAAGAUGCUAUGGGGUUAUGUGGCAGAAAUCAAUAGAACAAAUUUCAUGUCUACUUGUCGUGUUAAAUUGAGUGAUCUAACAGAUUUGAGUGGACAUAGUAGGUUUAUGAGGCCAAUAAUAGGUGUUGAUGGUUGUCACCUUAAGUUAGCCACAAGAGGCCAAAUGCUUAUUGCAAUUGGAAUAGAUGCCAAUGAUAGUAUUUUCCCAUUGGCAUAUGCAAUAGUGGAGGGUGAAAAUAAACAAUCUUGGUGUUGGUUUUUAGAAUUUUUAAAGAGAGAUUUAUUAAUUGGAGAACACAAUGAAGAAGAGUUCACUUUCAGAUCUGACAAACAGAAAGGUCUAUUGCCAGCUUUUGAAGAUACACUGCCUAGAUCUGAACACAGAUUUUGUGUACGACAUCUACAUGGGAAUAUGAAACUUGCUGGGUUUCAAGCUAGAGAAAAACCUAUAAUUGCUUGCCUAGAAGGCAUGAGGCAUUUAUUGAUGACUAGAGUGCUAGAGAAGUUGCAGUGGAAUGAGAAGCAAGCUGCCAGCUAUAGAGGAUUUCAGUGUGGUCUACAUGAGUUUGAUAUACAAGGUUUUUAUGGAGACCAACAGUCUGUGAAUUUGGAAGUAAGAUCUUGUACUUGUAGAAUAUGGGAUUUAACUGGAUUGCCUUGCAAACAUGCCAUUUGUGCUAUUUGGAUUAAGCAUGGGAAAGGUCCUGUUUAUGCAUAUGUCAAUCCAUGUUAUACAAAGGCAAGAUAUUUACAAAUCUAUGAAGGAUCAAUUCAUCCUAUGGCAGGUGUAAGUGAAUGGCCAGUGGUUGAUAGAACUCCACCUUUACCCCCCCUGUUUAUAAUGCUAAACCUGGCAGACCAAAGAAAUUGA